UGUGCUGGACAGAGAUGUGGGAGGAUCAGAGGGACCCGAAGCGAUGAGGAUGAAUAGGAGAACGACGACGAGCGGCGUUUGAUCCGGAGUAAAACUCCAGUCCAGCUUCUGGUUUGAAGACACCGUCAGACUCUGGUUUUAAUGAGGAAUCUAGCUUCUGGCGUUUUAAGCAGAGACCAGUUUCUGUCCUUGAAGACAAGUCCGGUUUCUGGGCUCAGAUUUUAAAACACAAAUCCAGGUUUUGGUUUUAAGACAGAAGAGCUUCAGUCCUUUUUUUUGGGCUUCUUUUCUGAACGCUGCAGAUGAAGGAGAAGAACUGUUUCUGUCUUCAUUCUCUGUUUGGAGGCUGAAGCAGCAGAGCAGAUGGACGCUCUCUUCAGCUGGACGUUGGUGUGAUUCGGCAGAGUGAAGGACAGCCUGAUGAGAGCCUAAAGUUGCAGUAGAGUCGAGGUGACAGACAUGAAGAAGAACCUGGACCAGUAUGGACAAAGUCACCUGGAGAGUCUGGUCUGUGCAGCCCUGUCCAGCCUGGUUUUCCUUCUACUGGGACUGCUGGGCUCGGUCCAUGGCUGUCCUGGUGUCUGCACCUGCUAUGGUAACACUACUGACUGCUCGGCUGUCGGCCUUCUCUCUCUGACACCCAUCUUAGCGCUGCUGGACCCCGACUCUCUGAUCCUUCGCUUACCCCAGAACAACCUCUCCUCUCUGGGCACAACUGAGCUGUCGAACCUCAGCAGCCUGGAGCUGCUGGAUCUUUCCCAGAACCACUUUUCCACCCUGCAGCCUGGAGCUUUCUCGGGCCUGAGCGGCCUACGCUGGCUCAAUAUCUCCGCCAACUACCUCGGGGCGCGACCGGCGACCUCUGACCCCAACAACAGCUCAGAGGUUCUGCAGGGCUCAAAUGGAAGUCAAGGGAGCGUUGGCCUGAGCAAGGAGGUUUUUAAGGGGCUGUGGCGUCUACGAGGGCUCGACUUGUCCUCCAAUGGCCUCAUGUGGCUGCCCAAAGGCCUACUGGAUGCACUUCCAAGACUCACCUGGCUGUCCUUGGCCGGGAACCGGUUGGUGACCCUCGACAGAAUCACCUUCGAGCCCCUGGUGGGGCUACAGCAGCUCCAGCUGGCGGGAAAUCCCUGGGAGUGUGACUGCAAGCUGAGAGACUUCAAGCACUGGAUGGAGUGGUUGAUUUACAGGGAUGGGCAGGUAGAUGUGAUGCAGUGCAGUCUCCCGGGGGAUUUGAAGGGCAGAGACAUCCGCAGCGUGCCAGCAGAGAUGUUCAACUACUGCCUGCAGAGUCCGGCCAAAGAGGGCGCCUCGAGUUAUGUCACCCGGCAUCCCUGCCCGCCCGGUCGGAUCAGCAGCAACGAUGAAUGUGUUCGCCAGCGGUACCGGCCUGUCAGUGUCCGCCGAGCUCACGGCACGCAAAUAGUUGCAGGUGUGAUUUGUGGCACAGUGUGCAUCAUGAUGGUGGUCGCGGCAACUUACGGCUGCGUCUAUGCCUCGCUGAUGGCGCGGUACCAGAGGGAGCAGAAGAGCCGCGGCCAGCCUCUGAUGGCCGAGUCCGGAGCCGAGACGGACAUGGAGGACGGGCAAAUGAACUCCCCAGAGGAAACGCUACCCAAAGAGGCUUGCGGCAUCGUGCAAGGGUAUCGAAUCAGCAGCUUCUGACCCACUGCUGUUUACUGAUUUAAGAUCCUUCCAGGACACGCUAGCUGCUUCUGCUCUCAUCACUGAUGACACGACGUCUGGAGAGAGAAACCCCGCAGCUCUGCGAUUGUGCUGAAAAUCGCAGACUGAUUGUACAGCUAAUGGAUUGGACUGGAUUCAGCGAAACUGGAAUGCUGCGGCACUUCCUUUAAUGUAUGGAUGCUCUGAAUUGUUAUUCCCCGCGCUGCAUCUCUCAACCAGCUUUAAAAACCCUCUGAAGCUGCUGUUUGGCACUUCUGCACCUUGACUUCCUUUCAUCUGUGUUUUUGAUUCUUCUUUAGAAAUAUGGAACCUUUUUGUUCAAGCAGUCUGUCUUUGUAUCUGAGCCCAACAAGCACAAGCUCCAAAAGUAUAAAAGUCUUUGAAAUGUGACAUUUCUCCUCUUGUUUGUUGCACAAAUGCUCUUUCUCUUUAUUUUUAUAGAUACGUUAUGUGCAUUUUAUGUUUAUCUUAAAUUUCCCCACUUUGAGAAAUGAUUCUUUGGAUGCCCUGUUGAAUUCCCUCCAAAUAACAGACAGUUUAAACCAUAAUAAGAGUUCUGCUGCUGUCAGGGAAGUGUUGCUUCAAGCUGUGUAAACUGCUUUCAAACAAUACAAGAGCUGUACUGCCACCUAGAGGUCAAGCUUUGAGCUACAACGCCUUUCAAUCCAGCACAAACCAACUCUCAAGCUCUCCUACGAGGUAAAACUAAAAAUAUUCCCAGCAUAGUCAAAGUAUGAGAUACUGAAUGAAAAUGUAACAUAUACUGUAACUUUCGUGUGUUUUCAUUUAUUUUAAGCCAUAUUUUCUGUGAAAAGCACAUGAACCAUUGUCUCAACUCCAGGACUGUUGAUCAUGCUGAAGAUAAUAAACUCUAUUUAUCUAAACUGUAUUUCUCCUCUUAAAAACAAGACAGCUCAGCUCACACGACAUUCAAAUCGGAUGAUCCAACAAGAGCCGUAAAAACCACAUUCAUCAAACCACUAAAAAGAAAAGAGCCAGAAAGAACAUGGUCAUGUUUUUCUCCUGAUCAUGUCAAGAAAUCCUGCUGCAAUCCUCUCAGGACAGGUCGAGCCGAGGAAUACUGAUGGA